ACGAAGGAGCAGUGUUUCUCCUCUGGCUUUAAUACAUCGUGACUGUCAUGUGUUUCAAUAAACAGCACACAAACAGCGAUCAUAGCGUGAGCAUCAAGACGUCCGUUCACACGUUUAUUUCGAGUUGACUGUGGAGACAGACGUCAGAGUUAGAAACUAUUCUUCUUCAAUCAGUUCCAGAACAACCGUCAGGGAUGAUGAAAUGCGGCGCUGGUCGCGUCUCUCAGCAGCACCGAGCAGGUCUGUAGAUCAGAGGACUCAACGGCAGCAGCUACAGAUAGAACAUGAGAUAUAACAUGUUACACUUGUCCAAACCAGAUGGACCAUAAACACUGCAAAUGACAGUGAAUCGACUAUUUCUCUGUCUGAUAAAUGCUAGCGCAUGUUAGCCACGGAUGUUAGCCGCUCGUGGCUAAUGACGGCGCAAAAACGUGAUAAACGCAAUAAAAUGACUAACGGACACUUACACAUUUGUUAUCAUCUCCAAAAUAAGCUCCCCGCAUUUGAUAACACACCCCAGACCCGCAUUAAGCACAAAGAAUGCCUUAAAGGCCUUAUUAGCAUCGGCCAGCUAAAUGUUCACUGUACGCUUCGACAGUGCAGUAUGACAAACAACAGACAAACAUCCAUAACUGUGUUACAGUGUGAGCAAGUGAUUUUCACUGGCAAUCAUUUUAUUGAAAAACUAUUUUCACCAUACACAAAGUAUAUCUAUCCUGUUUUAGCACUGCAGUUCACUUGUUUUGCUGCAAACAUAUAUACAAAUACACUUAUAUACAAACAACAAGCAUAUAGACAUUUGUUUAAUGAUUUGCCAACGCAACAGAGACAGCGGUGAACACAAAAUUGACUUACAAGUCGAGUAGAAACAUGGCCACUUCAGAAUCACGAGAAAAUCCUUUGGCAGCUCUCAGUUUUCUCCAGGCUGCAUCUUUGUUGACUCUUGUCAGAGAUCUUGCUCUGUGGGUUUCAUGCUUUCUCUUCUUGGACUCCUCACUACGAACUCUUGCUUCUGCCACGUGUAAAUUGAAGUCAGCUCGUUGCCCGAGGUAGCCCUGCCCCUUUGCCGUAAAGUGUUGCGUUGGGGGUGGAGUUGGGGCUGUGACGCCACUCUCAGAACACGCCUCAGGCGGCCCGCCAGGGGAAAGUUACAUACUCCAAGGGAGUGUUUAACAGAGAGCUGGAGGGUCUGACUCCGGGACUUUGGACUGUUCAAAAUGAAACCUGUCAUCUCAGGAAAUCUGAAAAUAAUCUAUUUAUGUCCAAGUCCUACACGUUGCCGCUUUAAGGGUGAGAGGCUGGGGAAAGCAUUAUGGCAAUAAGAGGUCCUCACAGAAAUACUGAACCAAAAGUGUGUGAGUUUGGUUCAGUCCUUUGUGUGUUGCUAAUCUUCAGUAACUUUUGAUCUUUACUGUCUAUUCUCCAGAGUAAUCUAGCUGUCUUGGUGACAGCUACGUUUUCAUGAAAACCAUCAUGCACAAUGCAGGUAUUCCAUUUUCUAUGUCAGUGAGUUUUUCACUCUUUCUAUUGCUGUGUACACUCUUCUUAGUGUGGUUGUAGCAUAUGGUUGAUAGAAGUUCCCUCUCUUUCUCUCCUCCUCCUCAUCAUGUGUUAUUUCGAACAGUCUUUGCAAAUGAUCAAGUAGCAGUCCAAUUCUGGCUCUAAACAUGACUUGUUUGUUUCUCUACUAGCUCAGGGAAUUUCAGAAUUAAGAAUUGUGUUUUUCUAAGAAUAUAUAAUUUGUACAAACAGUCUUUCUAUUAUAUUUGAGAAAUAAGGUAAAUAAUAUUGGUGUCCAAUUACUCAUGUACUUCUUUGUGCAGGGGCUUGACCUUUGCGAUCUUCAUCCUUUGCAGAAAUGUUGCAGAUUGUAGAGAGACAUUAUGGUUGUACAGUGGAUGUAAAAACCCGACACACCCCAGUUCAAAUGCCAGGUUUUCCUGAAGUAAAAAAAUGACAGCAAACAAAUAAUUUCACAUUUUCCACCUUUAAUGUCACCUGUUGCCUGUACCAAUGUCAGUGAAAAACAAACUAAACCCUUUAGAGGGAGAAAAAUAGAAAAUAAAAAACUUAAAAUAAACUGGUUUGGUUUUUUGUAGAAGCACUUUUGGCUUUUAUUUCAGCAUUCAGUCUUUUUGGGUGGGAGAAUAUCAGUGUCGCACAUCUUGAUGUGGCAAUACUGACCCACUCUUCUUUGUAGAUGCAGCUACGAAAAUGUCAAGAAAAAGCCUACUAGAGCAGCUGAACUUUAUUUGGGGUUGAUCGGAGGCACUUUACAUGGUGACAGGUGUGUGCUGGCUCCAGUUUCACAUGAGUUUGAAUGUAAUUGGUCAAGUCUGAACACAGCUGCAUCCCAGUUGUAAAAGGUUGUGCACACUUAGGUGACCGCAUUAUCUCAGUAGUUUAUCUUUACUGCACCUACCUGAAAGGUUUCAGUUUGUUUUUCACUUGACUUGUGUAGGUCAUAUUGGCAAUGUUCCAUCUAAUUUUUCAUUUGUCUGAGCAAACACACAAAGUCAACUGGUCAUCUGGACCACUGUGAGUGACCUGUCGUUGGCUGUGGCGGCGGCUGUAAUUGUUUUUAGCGUUUAAAAGAUGUAUUAAAAAAUAUUUACAAUUUGCACACAUUGAGGAAUGUACAGCAGCAUAGAGUUGCCAUUAAAAAAUAAAUAAAUAUAUCAUGUAAUUACGUGAUGCGUCCGUAUUAUGUAAUAACGUGAUAGUGAUACUGAGUUGGAAAAGUCCGCCGAAGAACACCUUUGAGUACUCAAAUGUUCGCCCGCAUCCAAAUCUGGCUCCGCAAGCAACCUGUCUACUCGAAGGAUGCUACCUGCUACCAAACAGUAGUUCACAGAGUGUUUCCGGGUCUAUAUAUCAUGUAAAAACGUAAUACUGAGCUAUCACGUUUUUACAUGAAACUGAUGCAUCUCAUUUUUACAUGAUUCUGCGCAAUCACGUUAUAACAUAACACGGAAGCAUCACGUAAUUACAUGCUAUGAGAGUUUCAUGAAAUAACGUGACAACUGAUUUAUUUAUUUAUUUAUUUAAAUGGCAGCUCUACGCUGACGUAGGAAUGGAACAUGUGUGAAAUGUAAAAAUAAAAUAGAAAUAAAAGCCUUUCAAUUGUCUUUGAUUUGUAUAGAUUCUUUACAUAUCUGUUCAACAGAAUCAUAAUGUUAUGUAUUCACAAUAUAUCAGAAUCAGAAUCAGAAUUUAAUUUAUUGCCAUAGUCAGUGGGGAGCCCACCAACUAGGAAAGUGUUUUGGAAUAAAGUGCUGACAAAAAAAAAAAAAAAAUAAACGUUUAAAAAAAUAAAAUAAAAUAAUAAUAAUAAAAUAACAACAAGGCUGUUCACGAAUUCAGCAAUCUGACGGCCGAGGGGAAGAAGCUGUUCCUGUGACGGGAGGUUCUGGUCUGGAUGGACCGUAGCCUCCUGCCAGAGGGAAGUGGAACAUGGGCGUUGAGCUCCAGGUUGUUGUGGCUUCACCUCCCUCCUGUAAGCCGACUCAUCUCCGUCUGUGAUGCACCCGAUGAUGGUGGUGUCAUCCGCAAACUUGAUCAGCUUCACUGACUGGUGGCUGGAUGUGCAGCAGUUAGUGUACAGAGAGAAGUGCCAUGGAGAGAGAACACAGCCCUGAGGAGACCCGGUGUUGAGGGUCCGGGUGUCGGGAGACAGUCGUCCCCAGCCGCACACGCUGACUCCGGCUGGUCAGGAAGUCUGUCAUCCAUCUGCAGAGGGAGUCAGGCACGUUGAGCUGGCGAAGCUUACAGACGUCAGUGCCACCAGUCUGUAAUCAUUCAGUCCUGUGAUCCUGGCCUUCUUGGGAACAGGAAUAAUAGUGGAGGACUUAAAGCAGGCAGGACCAUGACAGGACACCAAGGAAGCAUUGAAGAUGUCCGUGAACACUGGAGCCAGCUCAGUAGCACAAUGCUUCAGGAUGGUAGGAGAAACUCUCUGUCCAGACCCGGAGCCUUCCGAAGGUUCAGCCUCCUGAACUGAGUGAGCACGUCCUGCUCCAUGAUGUCAAGAGAAAGAGGGGGGAGGUGAGGAGGUGAGGGGGUGGCUCAUCAAAAGUGACUGUGAUCGACUUUGCUGUCUCAGUGACAUCGUUCGUGUUGGUGCAAAAAGGUUGCUCAAAGCGACAAUAGAAGUUGUUCAGAGUGACCACCUUCAGCCCUCUCCACACCGCAGCGGAGUCAUUGGCUGAGAACUGCCGCGUAGGUUUCUAUAUGAACGUAUGAAUCUGCCUGUUGUGAGACUUGUGAGUCGUGAGAUUUUGUCCACUUGAGGCCACCGUAUUCUGUGACUGCUCAUCAUGGAACAGUGAACCUGUGUGGAUCAGGUUAAAAUGGACAAGGAACAGGUUUCUUCCACUGACUACGCAGUUAAUUUCCUGACUAGCCUGAAGUCUCUGUAUUGUAGUCUGAAACCUGCACUGCAACGAUUCUCUCUCCUUUUCGGAACUCCGCCGCACCGAUUGGCUCAGUGCAUGUGCAUAUUUUGACCAACCAAGAGUGACUUUAAGAGAAAACAGCUUUUAAACAUCAGCCAGCUCCAAAAGUUCACUUCAAACAGCUGGGUCUUCUAGUUUCGUUCCGUGUAUGGUGUCGCUCGCGCCGCUGCACUGGAGGAAAGGUGGAAAAUGCCGGCGCGGAAGGAUACACAUGCUUUAUGUGUUUAUUUUAUUAUGGUUUUAUUGGUCUAAUGUCACAAGGCUUUAUGUCUUGAUGGCAAGAAGCCCCGUAGUUCAGAAAUUGCAGUAACUUAUAUUAAAUUCAGGAUUAAUUUUUGUUGCGCCGUGGAGAUGUUUUUGUGCUCUGAGAUCAGCAGUGCCAAAUUGCGCACACACGCAGCUUUAAGUUGUGAAAUUAUUCAUCUUGCUGUCAAUUUGUAACAUCAUGAAAUCCUGGCAUUUGAAUAGGGGUGUGGAGACUUUUUAAAUCCAGUUGCAGUCUAUAGAUGCCAUCACUGUCCUCGGAUGUCUUGUUCUGCAAACUUGAUACCUCACCCAUAAUGUCUUCCCUGAUGACUCCACUCAUGAACGUGGAUCGAAGAGUCCACUCUAGCCUUCCACUGUAGACACUUGUAUUCGCUUUGUGAGUGUCGGUGUAAUGUUCACGAGGGCCUGUUUUCCUUCUAUCACAGUGCCUCCAAUGUUGAUGAAGUUUGGAAGUUGUGUCUUCUAUUUUUUUUCUUUUCCAGUAUUCUGUCGAGUAUCUUCCAUAUCGCCUUGAUGGUGCUCUUAUUCUGCUCCAGCUUACUACUGUAAUAGUCCUUAUUCGCCCUCUUAAUUAUAGCCGUCACUUUUUCUUGUAUGUGUUAUAUUUCUUUUCUGGGGCCUGAACGAUUUUUGCGAUUCAAGUCAACAUUGCGGUGCAAUAUAUUGCGAUUUUAGAAUCGCAAAGGCUGCACUUUUGAGAGCAAAACUGUGCCGCCGAGCUGAGGUGUGCUUUCCCAGACCGAUGUAGAACAUUGACAACCAGUCAUGAGCUGUUCUCUGCACUGUCUGAUGCAUGUGUACUUCCUUGCCCGUGGAGCCAAGUACAAAGCGUCACCAGCUCCAUCGUUGCAGUGACAGUUAAGUAUAUUUGAUCUCCUUUGCUUGCCUCCUUUGCUCUUACUGACUCCCUGCCAGAGUGAUUCAUGGUACUAUACAAAUGCGGAACACAGUCUAGAACCUCACAGUUUUGCCCCUCAACACAUGGACCAGGGUAGUGUUCAUAUUAUUUAUUUUUCAUGUACAGCUGUGUUUUGCUCCUUUCUCUGAUUUUACUUGAGCAAAUGAUAGUCAUAGUACCUUCCACUAUCAGUGCACAGUAAUAAAAGGUAUUUCUUUUUAUGGUUCGAUAGUUCAAUAAAGAUAUGUUAUUCAUAUAAAUGUAUGCAUUGUGUUGGCAAAAAUAGAAUAAUUGAAACCUGGAUCAGUUUAAGCAAAGUAGGAAAUGCAUUUAAAACAAUUGGAGAGCAGUCAUCUGUGUGCACAGAAUCCAGUGAGGCUCUGGCUUCUCAGAGCUCAGAACACAGGUAUAAAACAAAGAUACCACAAUUCAUUGAUGUCACGUUGUUGUCACAGUUAGCAUCAGUGUUGUUGACAUUGCUAGCGCUGGCUAGCGUCAAUUCCUUCACCUUCCACUCAUGCCACUAUUGUCCUUGUCCAUUUUUGCUCCCACCUUGAGGUUUACUUGUGGUUUAUACAACUCACUCUCCCAUUUGUUGUUGGUAAUUACCACUGAAUGAUCGUGAAGGCAGUGGAGCUCCCUGCUUGCUUGGCCCUUCAGUUCGAUGAUCGAAGAGAUUGUUGCAGGCCACGAUGGAAAUCUUUGUUAACAGGAAUCGUGGAAGUUUGUUUUUUUUCAUACACAUUUUUACAGCAUCUGAACACUUUAUAAUCAUUCAUGUCUUGUUUGUUUGGAAACUAUAUUAAAACAAAAAUAUAUAUUCCCCUCAUCAUUUUCCAUUUUCCUACACAUUUGAAAAUGCUUCAGGAAGCCAAUAUGGACGCGGGUGAAGAGCUGCAUGCGGAUACACUGGUUGCCGACCCCUGUCCAAGACCCUUUGUCUUGAGAUGAGUUCUGAGUCGUCAUAUACUUAGCAAAUUCCAUUAGAUCUUCCAUAUUAUGGGAAGAAUAGAGACAUUCAUAUGUCAUCUAAUAUCUUUCUAUAUCUAAAUGGUCGCACUGAUCUUCUGUGCCAGAGUAGUUCUAGAGAGAUGUAGAUGCACUGUCUCAAAAAAUAAAUAUAGAUUUAAAAAAUGUAUUAUUAUUAUUAUUGUUAAUACUAUUCAUAAAAUGACAAUAAUUACAAUAUUUCACUUUGCAGCAUUCCUCCGGAAGUGGACUCGGUAUGAAGAAAUAUACCAAAAUUGAAGGAAAAGGCAGCCACCAUAAAUGUGCUAAAGUGUGCAUGUUUGGUGUGGUCGUCUUUUUCCUUGUUCUCCUGUCACGUAUGUUGGACAACAAGGGUCAAACGAAACCUCCACCUCCACUGGCCAUGAAUGCAAUGAAGAAAGCUGGCCACAACAUUGUUGCCCAAACUAGUCAAGCUGUUCCUCCUAAAGACGUCGCUUACUGCAGAGUGCAGCCUCAUUCCCUUCAGGAUGCUGUGGAAGAGCGCCACCUACUGGAAUCCAAUGUUUGGCCCCAGACUCCAUCUGUACCAGAGAAUUUUUCGCUUAGCGAAACCAGCAACCCUCGAGGCAGCAACUUUAUCAUUCUACCCAAAGACGUUCAGCAGCAGUGGCACGUUGGCGAUGACCUUAAAGUUCUGAUUAAAAUGAAGGACUUCAAGGGAAAUCUGAAAAAAACUGGAGGAGACUUCAUCACUGCCCGACUCCACAACCAAGCACUACAAGCUGGAGUCACUGGAAAGGUUGUUGAUCAUCUGAACGGCUCCUACUCUGCUGUGUUUCCCUUACUCUGGAAGGGAAUGGCAGAGGUUGAGGUGACUUUAAUUCACACCAGUGAAGCCAUUACAGUGCUGCGCAGAAUAACCCAAGAGCGUCCAGACAGAAUCAAAUUCAUGAGCAUCUUUCGCCAAGGAAAAAAGACAGAAAUGAGCACGUGUAAUAUCUGUCUGCGUGCCACAAAGGAGCCCAUAUGUAACUACACUGACAUCAAAACAGGAGACCCAUGGUUCUGCUACAAACCAAAGACUUUGGACUGUGACACAAGAACCACACACACCAUGUAUAGGUUUACUCCUGAAUUUGGGCCCUACACAAAGCUCUUUCAGAGCAAAGUCAACAUGAAAGUUUUUAUUCCUCCAUCCGGUGCUGCCAGAGUUUCGGUAUUGCCAAAAGAAAUACGUGUGUACAACAGUCCAAAGAUCAGCCAGCCUGGUUACUACUACCAGGGUGUGUGGAGAACCUUGAGUGGGCCGCCGGUUCAGCAGUUUAACACUCCCACAGACAUCGGUCGAUGUUUGCAAAACAAAAUGCUGUUCCUGUAUGGAGACUCCACAGUCAGACAGUGGUAUGAAUAUUUAACGGCGACAAUAAAAGAUCUCAAACCGUUCAACAUCAACAGCAUGGCAAAGGUUGGACCUUAUAUGGCUGUUGAUUAUCAAAGAAACACAAUCGUGAGAUUCCAGAUCCAUAGCAUCCCUCUUGUACACGGCCCGCCUCCGGUUCCUGUGGCUGAGCUUCGCUAUAUCGCCAAUGAACUGGACACCUUGGUUGGAGGAGCCAACACCGUUGUGGUUAUUGGAGUUUGGGCUCACUUUGGCCCAUUCCCAACGGAGUUUUAUAUUCGACGGUUGCAGAGCAUCCGAAGGUCUGUGGUCCGACUGCUGAACAGAGCUCCAGACACCCUGGUUGUUGUCCGGACUUCAAAUCUGAGGUAUUUGACGACUACCAUCGCAUGGACCAACAGUGACUUUGCUACAGUGGAGCGGGACAAGAUCCUCAGGGCUGUGUUCAAAGGUGUGAAUGUCCGCUGGGUGGAUGCCUGGGAUAUGACCUUGGCCCAUUAUCUUCCACAUGAACUUCACCCCAAGCCCCCCAUCAUCAGGAAUAUGGUGAAUGUCCUCCUGUCCUACAUCUGCCCUGGACACUAGGGUGAAGCAAAUCAGUCUGUUUGUGUUGACGGUGAAGCAAUAUUGUCACAUGGCCAAACAAACGUCAAGAAAAGAUGUGGAAGGAGGUCACACGAAUGUUAUUCCCUUUUUGGGACAUGUACCCGUGACAGAUGGCUUAGUCGACCGGGGAUGGUCCCAUCUGUGUAUAUUGUGACAAAACUAAACAAACACCAAGGCUCAGCCUAUCGAUGAAACAUUAUUAAACACUGUGUGAGUGGGUUUAUGGUAGCACAAGGUGAAAUUUAAAGAUCAAUGUUUAAUUAUUGCAAUUAUUAAUAGUUUAAUAAACGGUAUAAUUGUCUUUUCUUCCUGCGGCAAUAAAACUGUACAAUUCAUCCCUGAAAAAACUACAGUGACGGAUUCUUUGGCCCUUUUUUUCUGUUCACUCUGUCCUUGAAUCUGCUUUUUCUUGCACAUUGUUUUGAAGCUUUUUUUUGUAUAGCUUUUUGCACUUUAUAAUAUUAUUACUUUCUAUUUUAUUAUGAUAUGUUGUGUACAGAGCCUGUUAGUCAGUCUCGUAAUCAUUUACUUUGUCAACAGUGCAGCUGAGAACCUUGGACUUAUUGUAUCUAAUGGCUUGCUUGACUCCUCCCUGUCGAGUGACAACAUACAGUGACCCAGCAAGCCUUCAACGUCCUCAGCAGAUGAAAUUUGGGAGAAGAACCAGAGUUUUUCCACUCUUCAGAGUUUGUCAAAUAUCUAUCUCAGCCGGGUUUAAAUGGUGUCACCAUUGUUUUUAAAAGUACGACCACGAUACGUUCGAUACUUGUGGAUUUAAGUUGGAUUUGGUUUUGUACAUCACUCUCCUCUUGUGGUGUUCUUUUUUUUCGCUCUGUCCUCUGCUUUGGGUGCUCGUUUAGAUGUUUCUUUUUGCACAAAACUCUCUCUGUAUGCUUUGAAAUAUUUACCGAACAUAACAAAAUGUGCAUUAGCCCUGCCCAUUGAAAAUGCUUGUUUCCGGUGAACAGAGUCAGCAUAGUGAGGAGGUGGGCGGGUUUAGACCUGCGCUGAGUGACUCACAUCUGACGCCUGUCAACAUUUUCACUUCCAAAGCACAAAAUAUUGUAAUAUGGUCCUUGUGGCAGUUGCUGUCAUUUUUUUUUAUGGAAAACAGAAUUGUGAUUGCAAUGAGUUCAAUGAGUUAACUCAGAUAUUACCCCUGAAUUUACAGGUUUGUGCUGCGCCUUUAUUACAACACCGGGCCAGAUCCGCUUCACUUGUAUCAACGACUGCAGUUACAUGACGGUGCAGAAAAACAAAUUACUGCUUAAGUAUUGCUACUGGAGAGAAAUUCACAUUUCUCUUAGUCGGACUGCACAACCUGGAUAAUGCGGUUAAUAGCUUGACUAAGAUAGCAUGUAGCUGAGUAUGUCAUGUCCCCUCCUGUUUGGCUUUUAUUUUGUAUGGACACUUCCCCGUUUCCUGUGUGUGCUUUGUCUUGACAGGUCGGGCACGAGUGGCAGCUGCACCUCAUUUCCCCUGAUUUUCCACAGCUUCUUAAGGAGUAGCUGGAUGACAGUGCAGCGCCAGGUCGUGAACGUUUUCCAUGUGCGGUAUGCUGGACUUUUCAUUAUUCGGAUCUCUACUUUUCCUCCUGGACUGCCUUGCGCCUGAGUAUUUUUGUUAGUUUUAUCCUGACUUUGAUUUCUCA